AUGUUUGAUCGACUGCAUUCUAUGUAUUUAGCCACCGGUCUUUUAUGGACGCAAAUAAUUCAAUUUCUAGUGAACAAAAUCUCACCCGGGACGCAAGAUGGAAUGGCGCGCAGAUCGUAUUACGUAAUGAAAUCUGGUCAAGAUACCAAUGCGGGAACAAGUAGAGUAACUGCUUGGUUAACGAUACAAAGAGCAGCGAAUUCAGCGACACCUGGUUCUACUGUCUAUAUUGGUCCUGGCAUUUAUUAUGAAACAGUGACGAUUAACGUAGAAGGAAAUGCACACGAUGGACCAAUUACGUUCACUAGUUUGAUAUCAAACAACGUGCCAAUUAUUUCUGGUAGAAUUUCACAAAAUCCAUCUGCCGAUGAAACAUUCAAUGUCAUCUAUAUUGAAGACAAAAGCUAUUUACGGUUCGUCAAUUUAGAACUAACAAAUUUGAGAGCGGUAGAGUGUAGUGGAGUGAGAAUAAUCGGCCCUGGAACGAAUAUUGAACUUCGAAAUCUCCACGUUCACGAUAUCCGUGGUGGUGGCGAAAACGGCGGUGCAAUGGCGAUUACCGUUUAUAACACAAACCAGAACGCGAGUCGACGACAAGUGAUCGUUGAUAAUUGCACGCUUCAUGAUUGUGAGCCAGCUUGGAGCGAAGCUUUGACUUUCAAUGGAAACGUUGAGGAGAUUCAAGUAACGAACAACAAAGUAUAUAACAUGAACAACAUUGGAAUCGAUUUCAUCGCUGGUGAAAGCUGGGCCGGUAAAUUGGGGGUUCGAAGUGCUCGAUGUGCGAAUAACACAGUUUGGAACAUUCAUUCAGUUUACGAUCAUAGUGCAGCUGGUAUCUAUGUUGAUGGAGCAUCGAAUGUCACCAUAGAACACAACGUAGUGCAUCAUGCAGAUAUGGGAAUUGAAAUUGGUGCAGAGAAUAAAGGUCGAAUGGCUACAAGGGUGAUUGUUCGAAAUAAUUAUCUUCAUCACAACGACAAAUAUGGCUUAGCUUUUGGUGGAUAUGAUUCUCAAUGUGGUACAGUGACAAAUAGUUCAUUUACUGGCAAUCAUCUUGAACAGAAUGAUGCACAUCUGACUGGUGGCGGAGAAAUUUCCAUUUCAUUUGCUUCUGUAGCAAGCCAAAGAGGUGGUUUGAAUAAUCACUUCGAUUAUCAAAAGUACUAUCCGAACGGACGAGGUGCAACAAAAGAAAGUCUAAUCUUCUAUUGGGGACAUAGAGAAUACCAGGGUCUCACUGCAUUCCAAGAGAAUACAAAACAAGAGAUGCAUGCACAGAUCAGUGUUGGUAAACGUGCCUUGGAGUAG